AUGUUCGUUCUUCUGGCCACAGCAGUCUUCGCCGCACCGCAAGCUUCUACAGACGUACCUGUACCAAUGGACGGUGCCGAAUUUUUGCCGAAGUUCUUGGAGGAUUCAAAUGAAGAGGGCAGAAAACAAUUCUGGACAAUUAUCACGUCAAAGGACGCUACUGUCGCAAACAUCGAAGCCAAGCUCAACGAAUGGGCAUCAAAACAGAGUGAACAAGUCCAGAAGGACUACGAACAUGCCAAAGAUAAUCUGAAGAAGAUUAUCAGUGCCCUCAAGGAGGCCGUUGAGAAGUCGUCGCUGUCGGCAGCCGCAAAGGAUGCUUUCAAGAUGGUUGACAGCAUCGUUUCAAACACCCAGCAAACGUUCCCUCAACAAGUCAAAGCAAUUUUCGAUUACAUUAAGUCACUUCCUGAGAAGACUCGUCAAGAAUUGCGACAAGUACUGCAGUUACUCGUCUUAUCGAUAAUGAAUCCAGCAAAGUUCUUGAUCGUAUUAUUCUCAAUAUUAGCCGUUACGAACGCAUUCGUUCACCUCGGUGAUAGUCUUACCGUUCAUGGCAAUAGUACUGGAAUGCACGUCAACUCAGUGGAUUCGGUGAAUACGGUGGAUUUGGAGGAUUUGGAGGGUUUGGUGGAUUUGGUGGUGGAUAUGGGGGAGGAUUCGGUUGUUGCUGUUGCUGUUGUUGUUGUGGUGGUGGGUGGGGCAAGAAGAAAUAAAUGA